UGAUAACGUUGGCACUUCAUAUGCGCCAACACGUGUGCCCGGCGCAUAAGAAGCAGCUUCUGCAACUGUAAGGCAUAGCUCAGAUGCAUACUUUUAGCUAGUAAGCUUUAAUCUAAGUGAGAUAUUCAUGAGAAAAGCUUUUGAGACCAUGUCUCCAAUCGAAAACGUCGCGGUAGUAGGCGCUACCGGUAGCAUCGGUCGCCGUGCUCUUCCAGCUCUCCUGGACGCCAACUUCACGGUAACAGAUGUCAUGUACACGAGUGAGGGAAAAUCCUGUCCACCACAAGUGAGAGUAGCCGUCACCGACUUCAGUCCCGAGUCGCUACAGGGAGUGUUCACAGGACAAGAUGCCGUGCGAUGCGACUUGCGUCACGCUGUCUUUGAUAGGCAGAUUGAUGUGAUCAAUGCUGCAGCGAAGUCAGGUGUAAAGAGGCUCAUUCCCAGCGACAUUGGGACCUCCAAGGGACCCAUCGAUGUACCAGAGUACCGCGCUAUUCUGGGAAAGAAGGCACAGGCGCAAAACCUAUUGGAAGAAAUGGCCAAGGAGAAGAGUGCUUUCACCUGGACCUCGUUUUGGAAUGGACCGCUCCUAGACAGGUCGAUGGCAUUGUUCCCAGACUUUGGUUUCGACCUCAAGAACCACUCAGCCACGAUAUACGACUCCGGGAAUGAGCUUUUCACCGCUAUGAGCAUCGGCAAGACUGGCAAGCCUAUCGCAGCUGUUUUCAAGCAUCCUGAAGAAACGAAGAACCGAUAUGUCAGGCUCUCUGCUCCAACGACCUCUCAACGAGCAAUCCUCGCGGUGUUGGAGAGACUGACGAACACGGAAUGGGAUACUGCUACAGUCAGCACUCAAGAAGCCAGGCGGCAAGGCAAGAUCAAGGUGCAGAAUGGUGACUACAAAGGGGCACUACAAAGGGGCACUACAAAGGGGCACAUGUUGGUUUUCUCGUGGCUCAGCUUUGUGAGGAUGGAGCCCGCAGAUCUGUCUUGGACGGAAUAG